UUUCUUCCUGGAUAAUCGUGCCAAGUUUUCAUGGUUCAAUAAAUAAUCCAUUGACAGUGCUUCGGUACAUGCUUUACACUUACAGCUCAGAAAAAAACAGUUUCAACCCAUGCUGAGUUUUUUUUUUUUUACUUUCAAACACUGUGACUGUUUAUUGGCCUUUAGAAAGAUGCCUCACUUUACUAUUCAGGUACGUGCAGCAUUGUCACUUUCAGUUCUGGUUUUCGAAUUCACGUGACACUUUUUGUCUGUGGCCUUUUCAAAAUGCACAAUAGCUCCAAAAGCAUCACUGUGUCAACUCUCUUCAGUAAAUGGUGAGAAAUGUGACAGUCAGUUAUUUUGUCACUUUUCUAGACAGAUGCAAAGUCUGAUACGAACAGAUGCACUGGGAGUCCAGACAAAAUACUCCAAAAAAAAAUGCAGGUGUUAUGAAUGCAAGUUGUACAUCCAAAUAAUCAGCCUGGUGGCACCAAGCCUGGUGACAGAGUGAGCCAUCUGGGCAGCAGAUAGCCGGUGACGGUCCACAUCCAUUUCUGUGGCCUGCCCUCUGGGCUAGCAGCCAGCUGGAUGGGGGGGAUUAAAAUUUAAGUGGCAUGUUUUGAUGAUUCGGGGAUUUGGUGGGGUCAACUGGUCACGGGAUUUGAUGCGGCUGCCAAGUGAAAAAGCUAUUGGCAAAUAUUUCACUUGAUUGUGAAUAUCCCGUCAGUCAACAUUAGCUCGGCACAUCUUCUCGAUGGCCGCCCGGUCGCUAAUGGGGCCAUUAUGCCGAGCAAUAAACAAUGUACCAUUAUCACAGGAGAUGCAAGCUAAUGAUACCUUAAAGUGUCAGAUGCUAAGCGGCGGUGAAAUUCACUCGUCAUAAUUAUAAUAUUCUUUCUCAAGUAAGGAUCAGGAAGGGAGUCUCCCCAAAAGAAUCCCUCUGUGUGUUUAUGGCCACCAUUGCAUGCCUGUAACAUGUUGACAAUUCCAUUUUAAUCUGUUUUUGUAAUUAGCCAGCCAGCACCAAAAUAAAAGCCGAGCGAUUUAAAGAGGGAAAAAUCCAAUCAAACAUGCUUCUCAUGACACGUUCGCUGAUGGUGUAGACGCCGAGUGCAGAGAGACAAUUACCCUUUUUACGCACACUGCCAAGUACACAAACACAAACUAGGUGCGACACACACACACACAUAUGCUGGCAUCACAAUGCUAAUUAAUCCACAUAUCUGUUCCCACACAGGACAUCCUUGGCUUUCAUCCCAUCCUCAAUUAGAUUGAACUUCCAACUGCUCUGUUAGUGUUUGGAUUAGGCGGCAUUAUGAAGGAAUUCGAGUGUUUGAAAUCCUGCCUUGCCUUUGACCUCCUGCAUCAAGCAUUUGACAGCUAUUUGGCUUUAAGAAGGAAACGUGUGUGUUGCGGUAUUUUAGUGUGCAAGAGCUUGUGUUUAUUCAUACGUGUUGGUAAAAGCUUCCUUAUGUUGCUAUGUGUUGUCAUGACCUUACGUCACACUCCUUAACUCUUCUUUUUCGUACGCCAUCGAGCGAGAUACGGGUCAAAGCAAGAGCGAGGGAUUCUUUGAAUGUCCCCUUCUCAAGCCUUUUUCUGAAUCUGACAGUAAAUAACUUGAGUGUGAAUCAUCACUGAUGUUUUUUUUUUUUCUCCUUUCAUAUUUUGUGCUGUAUGCUAAAAAUUCAUGUUAAACUGGGAAAUGGGAAUAUUUGAAUCUAAUAUGAGGAUCUCUUCCUACCAGCUAAGCGGACUCUCCGGGAAGUCUCUGCUCAAGAUGAAAAUCUCCUUAUGAGCCAUCUUGAGCAGUGACGGGUUGCUCGUGGUGGCGGAGGGAAUGGGGAUAGACCGCAUUUUGCUGCAGUUCAUGCGGGUCUACUCGGAACAAGGCAGCCUGGUCCUACUGCUUAACACUACCACCCCCGAACAGGAGUAUUUCACGGAGCAGUUGCGAGUGGAGGGUGUGACCCACUUGCCGAGAACGGUGACCAGUGAGGUCCAAGGCACCGAGCGGUACAACGUGUACACCGAGGGAGGAGUCUUGUUUGUCACCAGCAGGAUCCUGGUGGUCGACUUCCUCACCGACCGCAUACCUGCUAAUCUUAUAUCAGGCAUCCUGGUGUACCGCGCUCACAAAAUUAUCGAGUCGUGUCAGGAAGCAUUCAUCCUGCGACUGUUCCGACAGAAGAACAAGACGGGCUUCAUCAAAGCCUUCACUGACAAAGCCACGGCAUUUUCUUCGGGCUUCUGCCAGGUGGAGCGUGUGAUGAGGAACCUCUUUGUCAAGAAACUAUACCUUUGGCCCAGGUUCCAAGCGUCAGUAAACACAGCACUAGAAAAACACAAACCUGAUGUGGUGGAGCUCCAUGUGUCACUGACUCCCUCCAUGAGGGCCAUCCAGAGCUCCAUCCUGGACAUCAUGGGCGCCUGUCUGAAGGAGCUGAAACGUUACAAUCCCACUUUAGAGGCGGAGGAUCUCUCCUUGGAGAACACGCUGAGCAAUGCCUUUGAUAAGACCAUCCGCCAUUACUUGGACCCCUUGUGGCACCAGCUGGGAGCUAAGACCAAGGCACUGGUCCAGGACCUGAAGAUGCUGAGGGUUCUGCUGCAGUACCUCACCCAGUACGACUGUGUCACUUUCCUUAAUCUGCUCGAGUCCCUCCGCUCCAGCCAAAAGAACUUUGGCUCCAACUCAGGGUGGCUCUUCUUGGACUCCAGUACAUCCAUGUUUGUUAACUCCAGGUCCAGAGUGUACCACAUCCCAGAAAACAAGAAGAAACUUAAAGUCGGCGCUGAAGCGGAGAAAAAACAGCCACCCACUGUUUCAGAGGUGAAGCGAGUUUUGGUGCUGGAGCAAAGCCCAAAGUGGGAAGCUCUGACUGAGGUCCUGCAGGAAAUUGAGAAAGAGAACAAGAACUCCCAGCAUGAACCAGGUCGCGUUCUCAUCUGCGCCAGCGAUGACAGGACGUGCGCUCAACUGCAGCGGUACAUCAGACACGGCGCCGAGCGGCUCCUGAAAAGACUGUACAGCCGCACCGUCGGCAAACAAGACCCGUCGAACGCCUCUGCUUUUGAGUUGGCGAAAUGUAAAAAAGACAAGGGCUUUCUCAAAGGCGGCUCCAAAGGAAAAAAUGGAAGGAACCCCAGAGGCAAAGAGCAGAAAAAGAAACCGGGCAAAGCCAAAAGCAGACCCUCUCUGACCUUGACUCAGAUGAUCGGCAAAGAGCAGACAGUUGUCGAAACGGCGGUGAUGGGCAGCAGUGAAGAUGAGGAGGACUUUGGCGCAGAAGAUGAAAUGGGGGAGGAAGACGCUCCAAAGUUGGACUUGUUAUCAGACGCUUACUACGCCGUUCUGAAGGAGCCUCUGAUGGUCAUUCACCCGCUGAGGGGCUGCACGGACCCACACAGCCUGACACGGGUGCUCCAUGAGGUGGAGCCCAUGUUUGUGGUGCUUUACGACGCUGAAGUCAGCUUCGUGCGACAGCUGGAGAUCUACAAAGCCUGUCGACCUGGAAAGCCGCUCAGGGUGUACUUUCUCAUCUAUGGCGGCUCAACAGAGGAACAAAAAUACCUGACCGGGCUGUCAAAGGAGAAGAAAGCCUUUGAACAUCUCAUCAGGGAAAAGGCAACCAUGGUCAUCCCAGAGGAGAGGGAAGGCCGAGAAGACACCAAUUUGGACCUCGCUAGGAAUUUAGAGCCUGCUAAUGCCACCACCAACACUCGCAAAGCAGGAGGUCAAGAUCAGCCUAAAGAGCCCUCGCGAGUCAUCGUUGACAUGCGCGAGUUCCGCAGUGAGCUUCCCUCCCUCCUCCACCGCCGCGGCCUCGACAUCGAGCCCGUCACUUUGGAAGUCGGCGACUACAUCUUGACUCCGGAUAUCUGUGUGGAGCGCAAGAGCGUCAGCGAUCUGAUCGGCUCAUUGCAGAGCGGCCGCCUCUACACCCAGUGCCUGUCCAUGAACCGAUAUUACAGGAAACCCGUGUUGCUCAUCGAGUUCGACCCGGCCAAGCCCUUUUCUCUCAUGGCCCGCUCGGACUUCCGCCACGAGAUAUCGUCCAAUGACGUUUCCUCAAAACUCACCUUGCUCACGUUGCAUUUCCCACGCCUCCGCAUUCUCUGGUGCCCCUCGCCGCAUGCCACGGGCGAGCUUUUUCUCGAGCUGAAAAAAGGUCGCAAUGAGCCGGACGCCGCCGCGGCUCAGGCGGUCACAGCCGAAUCAGACGCCGUGGCCGAAUCGACAGAGCUUUACAAUGCCGGGCCGUACGACUUCUUGCUCAAGAUGCCGGGAGUCAACGUGAAAAACUUUCGAGCGCUCAUAAGAAAUGCUGAAAGCUUGGCAGAUUUAGCCAGACUGAGCCAGGACAAGCUAGCAGAAAUACUUGAGAAUGCAAAUAACGCCAAGGCGCUUUAUGAGUUCUUGCACAAUGUUGCAGAUGUUCAAACUCCAGCGCAAAAGACCAAAUAACUUUCUAAUAUAGACUUUUUAAAAUGCAUUUUUCAUUACACAUUAUGAAGUAUAUUUGUGCAAGUAUAAAUAAUAAACUAAAACAUUCAACUGUUGAAAAAGCCCUUUAAAACAUGAGGGGGGAUCUUGCCAAAGAGGUUGAGUUCAAGUAGUAAGUAGUAGAAGUAAACAACUCUUGUUUAUAUUUA